AUACUUGAGAGCUGUAUGCCUAUACCAGCGGCAGGACUACAGCGCCCGGCGGCCCCUGCGCUCCGCCCCCACCUGCCCGCCUCUCGCCGCUCCCGCCCGCCGGCUCGCCUCAGGGGGAGCCUGAGGAGGGAGGGAGGGAGGAGGCGGCGGAGCCGGUGUCCUGCCCCGUCCCGUCCCCGCGUCCCCGCCGUGGCCGCUGAUGAGGUGAAGAUGGUGAUCCGCGUCUUCGUCGCCUCCUCCUCGGGCUCGGUGGCGAUAAAGAAGAGGCAACAAGAUGUGGUGAGGUUUCUGGAAGCCAAUCGCAUCGAGUUUGAAGAAGUGGAUAUCACAAUGUCAGAGGAGAAAAGACAGUGGAUGUACAAAAACAUUCCCGAGGACAGGCAGCCCGCACAAGGCAACCCACUGCCACCGCAGAUAUUCAGCGAUGACCGGUACUGUGGAGAUUACGAAGGCUUUUUUGAAUCAAAGGAGAGCAACACUGUCUUUUCCUUUCUUGGACUGAAACCAAAUUUAGCAUCAAAGGAGUCAUAACCCUAGAAAACCUAUCUGAACUAUCACCAACCGCAUCUUCUGGAUGAAUGACCCUGUCCUUCAGCACACGACAGCUUCACUUAUGGAUCACUGUGAUAGAGCAAACGCAUCCUUAGUAGUAGUCUGCUUGCCAUGAGACAGUGCUCUCCAACAAUUCGGGGUUAAUAACACGUAUAUGGAGUAGGAUUAAGUCCGGGCUACUGAUCUUCCUUUUUAAAAUACUCACUGUUGGUGUUCCACUUUUGGCUUUGGAUUGCUUUUGCAGCUGGCACUGAUAUUCUAAUAGACACACGUUUAAAGAUAAGAAGUGGAAGUGGGGGCUGCUGUCAUUCGUGGGUACUCUCACAUAGUUGGGUUCCUUACCUUUUUUUGAUUGUUCCAGCUACUGUUGUUGAAGUUAGGUCGUCAUGACAGUAAAAGUGCUGGUGGUUAUUGGAAUGUUUGUGCUAGCUCAGAGGGCAAAAACUGUUAUCUGAAGAUCUCAGUCCAAGCCAGUAACUGCUGUAUUUUUGCUACCCAUUUAUUUAUUGUUAUGUUUGUGCUAGAUCGGGUUUAUUGUAAGAAGCACGGGUUGCUGACCUUUUUCACGAAACCUUGAUUUGCCUCAUGGUGCACAUUGCAACUGGCUGUUUAAAAACAGUUGUUAUUGUGGAGGGGGUGCCAAAGUGAAAUAUUUUGACGUGGUUCCUAUUCCAAAUGAGGGUGAAAGGCAGGUGAAAACACUUGGUGGGAUUAUACUUGGUAGGUCAGAAGAGGUCUUAUAGCUAAAGAUUACAUAGGUAUUUCUCUAUUGAGAAGGACUUAACACCCCAAAUUGGAACUUUAUAAUUGGAUUGUCUUAAGAUGAAAUUUUGCCAAAACUUGGAGUCAAUUUUUAAUAAAACACAGUUCCACCAUUAGCCACGAGAGAGUCAGGACAACCAAUUACGUGGGAAAGCUUCUUUGCAAUGCCCGGCCUCUGACUGUGGCUCGAAGGAAGCCCAGCUUCUUGUAAGAAGUGUCAGGAAGCAACCCUGUCUGUGUAACAAAUCACAUGUUCUAUUAAAAUCAGUAACUGUGGUGUCCUAGACAGGUUAGCUGGAAAGGACAGCUGGGGAUCAUCUGGUCCAGCCUUGUCAAAACCAGGGCUAACACCAGCUCAGCUCUGGUCAGUUGUGAGGUUGUUUCACAGAGUGUUAGAGGCAUCCAGAGGUGGAGAUCUUGCACCUUGUGCUGAUGCUGCAGGACUCCCCUAGUGCCAAGCACGCACUCCCAGGUUGUAAUCUGUGGCUGUUGCCAUUCCUGUAUUUUCUGGCACUCAUGGGAAGAGUUUGGUACCAUCCUUUUCGUGCCCUCAAGAUAGUUGUAGGGUGUUAUUAGGUCACCUCUUAGCCUUCUUGUGCCAGACUAACCAAGCACAGCUUCCCUACCUUCUGUUUGUAGGUUCUGCUUUAGGCACCUGGCUGCUUAGGUGUGGUGGAGGGCCUACUGUCUCCAGUUGCCUCACAUCCCUCUACAACUGGGAAAAGGUCCCCAAAGUGGGCACAAUAUUUUGGAUGUGGCCUCACCAGGGCUGAGCAGAGAGGGACAGUAACUGUCAGCAAGAGCAUUGCUGGCUUGUGACCAACCUGUCCUUCACCAAAAACCCAGUCCCUCUCAGCAGGGCUGUCACUCUGUCAGUCACUUCCCAGCCUCUACUGGUGCCUCACCGCCCCCAAGGACAGAGCGCGGCACUUGCCCUUUCCAAGCUUCAUGAGGUUUCUGUUGGCCCUGCCUUCAUGGCUGUUGAGAUCCCCUGGACUGAAGCUUUGCCAGCUGUUACCAACCACGCUGCCAAGGUCGGUCCUGUUCGCAGGUUGCUGAGGGUACGUGCUAGGUCACCAUCCAAAGAUGCUGAACAACAGGGGAGCUGUUGCCUCUCAGAUUUUGGACAAGAGGUGACUCAAGACUACAGAGGUAUGACAUGAGCACUGUUUAUGACUACGAGUUUCUGGGGUAAAGCACAGGUUACCUUCCUCUUGGUGUUGUCUCAGCUACAAGCUGCUUAGUUACUUUUCCACUUAGUACAAAGGGAAUACUCGAUGAAUUUUCCCUUUAGUAUAAAGGCAAGAAAGCUUUAAAAAAGGAGAUGGUAAGUUUUAAAAGAUGUCCAUCCACCAAUCAGUUUCCCUUCAGAUCCUCUGGUGCCUCCUCAGCUCAGUUAAGGGAACUAGAUGGAGCAAGAGCACACACAGAUUUCGAGUCCAUGGUUGCAUUUCCUAGCCAAAAUCUUCGUUAGAGCACCUUCUCUAGAGGACUCCUUAAUGGGAGUUGAUAGCGUGCACAUAUACGUGUGUAUGUCUGUAUAUAUGAGUAUGUGAAUAUGCAUUUUUAGGAAGUUUGUUAUAUGUAGUAAGUUAUUGUGAUGUUCUUGUCACCAUUCCCACGUUCUGGUGAGACUUGAACCUCGCUCUAAGAAGGGAAAGUGACGUGAGGUGGAGCUGUACAUUAACAGGUUAUAUAGAAUAUUCCUUAAAAAAAAGAAAAAAAAAGUUUAAAAUAUUUAACUUUGAAAAAGAAUACAGAUACAAAUUUAUGUAAUGACACAGUUAAUUACAGAGAAGCCAUCCUGGAUUUAUCACGUACUUGAUAACACUGUAAACUUAGAAAACUGCCCGAAGUCCCAGCUUCGAAAAGCUCUCAGAAGUGGUAGGUGUAUCCGCUGCAGUGAUCCCGCGUGGAUCCCAGGCUUACUCACGGGGAAGGCAAAGUCACACUGAGUUCUCUGGGGAUGAAAUGAGUUCCACAAAACUCUUGAAUGUUGCUAGUUGUGGAACUGAAGCCUCCAGUUCAGUGCAGAGCAAGUUCUGCUGCGGCUGUUGGGCAGCGGUGGCGUGUCUCAGAGCACGCGUGCGGGUGAUGCUGGCCGUGUGCAGGGCAGCACGAGCCCCAGACGCAUCCUGCUGGCUCACGGGGAUCGGCAGUGUUUGCUUGCAAAUUGUACAUGGCCAGCUCAUAAAAAGAGAGUCUGUGUGUUGCUUGAGUGUGAAUUUUGCCUGUUGUGCAACAGCCUUAUUUUUGUAAUGAAAGCAAGCAGAGUUCUAGUUUGUUACACGAGAUGAUCUGGAAUUUUUUAACCAGUUUUGUAAUAAUGAAACGUUCAGGUAACAGAAACGUCCUGUGGAGAACCAAAUGGUCCCAGUUUUUAGUUAAGAUUUGUAUGUACCCCGCUUUUUAAAAGGGAGAGAGCAGCGUGAAUUAAAUUUUAAUCUUUGUACCGAGCUAAAGUUGCUGCGUGUGCCCACACACUGACUGUUCCAGGGGCUGUGACAGAGGUAUUCUCGGUGGUGCCACACGGCUGGAUAGUGCCUUGCCAGGAGGAGGACUGUUGGCGCAGGAUCUUCUCAGACGUGCUCGACUUUGAACUCAGAGAGAGCAAGUUUCUAUUAUUGCUAUUUUUUUAAUAACGCAGUAAAGUGAUGUUGGUGAGUCAAAAGACACGUGCUUUGUAGGGCUCAAAUAGUUCUUGCUGAGUCUCGUAAACUCUUGAAUUUCCUUAGUAUGGCUUUCUCUCUUUUAUUAUUUUAUUGACUGUUUAGAAUCAAACCUCCCAAGGAAGUGGAAAUGGAGUAAAAAGCCCCUAAAUCCAUCUUUAUGCUUCAAAAUAACCAUCUUAUCCAGGUGUUGAGCGGCCCAAGUGCUUCACUAAGAUGAGUAAGAGUUGCCAAGCUCAUAUUAGAGGAUUUCUUGGUCCUCCCUCCCUGCCCCUGCCCCCAGCCAGGCCAUUUAUUCAGGGAGUCCAGUUAUUUUGGGACUACCGUGCUUCCAAAAGUAAGAGCCCGAGAUCUGAGGCACGAGAGCUGCUUCACAGCAGGGUAAGAGCGGGGUCUUCACCAGCUAGUGCCAAAUCCCCUCAGUCUUAGGGGACCUGUCUGCCGGUUUCACUGGGUCUGCUUGUGCGUGCUGUGAGGAGGAGGCAGCCCCGGCUGCCCACCCUGCGCCCCAAACGUCUCGUUGGCAGCACCCUCAGCAGCCGUUCUCGCAGCGGCAGAUCCAGCUCACUCCCUUCUUCCUAUCCUUUGCCUCUUCCCAACGUGCUUCGUCCCGUCCUGCCGAGACCUGCGCGCAAAGCUUCAGCUCCCGACGUCCCCGUGAUGCUGCGGAUGCAGACCCGGUGCUCCAGGAGCACGCUGCAUCCCAUGCUGUGCACGCGUGGGGUCUGACAGUCUGUGUUAACGCCGCGUUCAUCGAAUAAAAAAAUGUUCUGAAAAGA